AUAUUGAUCAUUCCGUUUGAACAUUACAUGCACCAAUAGACGGUGAGUAGUUGGUAAGUGACUUCAGUUUCUUGCUUGUCCGAAAUCGGCUAUCUUCCGACUCGACGGUCUUAGCUAGCAAAAAAAAGUUUAUAGGUACCGUCAAACUAAGAACACCCCUUACCUACUACCACACAUCUGACAUAACAAACCCAAUCUGGUAUCAGAAGGCAAAUAAGUAAUAAAGCGUACUAAUUGAUAGCAUUGAUAGCAAUAAUAGAACGGCCUGUGACUCAAGUCUCCUGUUCCGGUAUUGGCUUCUAGACUCAUACUUUCACGCUCCACCUAGUUCUUACCUAGGCGUCUAUCUACCUUUUCUGCCCACGCUUUUCUAAAUCUAGUCGCGUGGCAUAACUCCUUCUUCUCCUAACACCAUCACACCUUUUCUCUCUCGUUGCAUUCGACGAAUCCCUUCGUUCCUACUUCGACCCUACCUGCACUACCACACUUCGAGGCAAGCAAGAUGUGUGGAAUAUUUGCUUGUCAUAGUCAUCCCGACGUCCAAAAAUUCAAGCCGACGGCUUUGAAAUUGGCGAAGCAAAUUCGCCAUAGAGGACCGGAUUGGAGUGGUAGCUGUAUCUGCAACAACACGAUCCUUUGCCAUGAGCGUCUAAGCAUCGUCGGCGUUGAGUCCGGCGCACAGCCAUUGACCAAUGCGGACGACUCUAUCAUUCUCGCCGUUAACGGCGAAAUCUACAACCAUCGGUUGAUCCGAAAGAACUUGAAGCACCCCUACCACUUCAAGACCGCCUCAGACUGCGAAGUCAUCAUACCCCUGUAUAUGGAAUAUGGGCUCGACGCUCCCAAGUAUCUGGAUGGCAUGUUCUCGUUUGUUCUGUACGAUAAGAAGCUCGACCGAACAAUCGCAGCCCGCGACCCUAUUGGUAUCACCACCUUGUACCAGGGCUGGUCAUCCAAGGAACCUGGUACGACCUACUUCGCUUCGGAGUUGAAGUGCUUGCACACGGUUUGCGACGAGAUCCGCUCAUUCCCUCCCGGACACGUCUACGACACUAAGACCGGCGAGACUGUGCGAUAUUUCCAGCCGAGUUGGUGGGAUGAAUCCAAGAUCCCGGAGACUCCACUGGAUCUGAAGUCCGUCCGAGAAUCACUCGAGAAAUCUGUGAGGAAACGGCUUAUGGCUGAGGUUCCCUACGGUGUACUAUUGUCGGGUGGUCUUGACUCAAGUUUGGUUGCAUCCAUUGCCCAACGAGAAACUCUACGGCUGAAGGCGGCUGCCUUAGCUGCUGCUAACGGCGCAGCCGCUGAGGCGAGUGAAGACCCCGACAAGGGUGAGGGUCUCGUCGGUAUCGACGACGACAACAAGCUCUCCACCGUAACAUACCUCCCACAACUUAACUCUUUCUCUAUCGGUCUACCUGGCUCCCCUGACAACGAGGCCGCCAUCAAAGUGGCCAAAUUUCUCGGCACGAAACAUCACGUCAUGACCUUCACCAUAGAGGAUGGUCUCAACGCAUUGUCCGACGUCAUCUACCAUCUCGAGACGUACGAUGUAACGACGAUUCGCGCUUCAACACCCAUGUACUUGCUAUCGCGAAAAAUCAAGGCUAUGGGUGUCAAGAUGGUUCUUAGUGGUGAAGGAAGCGAUGAGAUUUUCGGAGGAUACCUGUACUUCCACGCUGCUCCGGAUAAGAAGGCUUUCCACGAGGAAACGGUUCGUCGAGUCAAGAACCUACAUCUUGCCGACUGCUUGCGAGCCAACAAAUCUACUUCGGCAUGGGGCCUCGAGGCUCGAGUGCCCUUCCUGGACAAGGAGUUCCUCGAGGUCUGCAUGAACAUUGACCCGCAAGAGAAGAUGAUCACCAAGGAGCGGAUCGAGAAGUGGCUGUUGCGAAAAGCAUUCGACACGUCGGACGACCCCAGUGCGGAGCCGUACCUACCAGACGAGAUCCUCUGGAGACAAAAGGAACAAUUCUCCGACGGUGUCGGUUAUGGCUGGAUUGACGCGCUGAAGGACAAUGCCGAGCUCCACGUCACCGACGAGAUGAUGAAGAACCCCAAGCCCGAGUGGGGCAACGACAUCCCCGAUACCAAGGAGGCUUACUGGUACCGUCUGAUGUUUGACGAACACUUCCCUCCUCACUGCGCUUCGACAGUGAUGCGAUGGACGCCGACUUGGUCGAAACAGACCGACCCUAGCGGACGAGCUAUCUCGACGCAUGUCGCCAAGUACGAGGGCCCAUCUGCAUGAAUUCAGCAUCCUGUGAUAUUGGGUAAAUAUGGUGAAACCAAAUAGAAGCACAGAGGUACAGGGUCCGAAAUAUAAUGGGAUUGAAUAGAAGGGACAAUUGCUACUUUCAGCAUGUAUGGCGAGAUUUGAUUGGUCUCUUCCGGUUAGGAGAACAAACCUAGAAGCAUGGAUACCCGUAACAUGUACCUGUGACUGUUGUAAGCUGCCACCUACAUACCUUUAUAGAUAGGGAAUCGCCAUAAUACCAAGAGAUUUGUCUCGGGCGACAUUGAUGUAUUUCUCUCAUAGCCGUGACCAAGAGAGAUCCCACGCUUGAAUCGGUAGAAUGGAUACUAUUAUAUGCAUAAGCUCGUCCUGGGUGGAAACCGGGAUGACUAUUUUAAACCAUUCCUGGUGUAGACAAUCCCCACGUGGACGGGGGUUAAUCGAAAGUGAGGUUGUACG